CUGAGUCCACUGGCUGUGGUGCUGAAGCCGCGCAUGCCGGGGGCUCGAGCGCAGACACACAAUCGAAGGCAUCCUCUCGCGCGAUGGUCAAAAAUAGAUAGAAGAGGGUUUGUAAAUUCAGGAAUCAGUUCAUUUCAGCAUUGUCAUGUCUGGCCAAUUAUUUGUGAUUUUUAUAUAAAAUACAAUUUACGGUUGUCUGAAUUUGUGUAAGCUGUUUUGAUAGCUUAUUGCCUAUUUGCGCGGUGCGUGCUAGGUUUUUAUUAUCUCGCUCUCAUCUGUAUUGUUGUUGCCUGCCUGUCUCGCGCGUUCUUUAUGCACAGCACGCCGCUCCAGUCCUCUCGGAGUAAAUAGACCUUCGUCGGAACAGCAUGGCCCGGUCCAGUCGCGGCCACUGAGCGAGAUGGAAGCAAAACAGCACUCCAUAAAGAGCCUGAAGAGCUACCCAGAGGCGGGGGGCCGGAGCCUGGCGGGGGACGUCGGCGUUGGAGGAGGGUGUCUUGCCGGCUCGGCACAGAUGGAGAUGGAGGCAAACAUACAGAAAGCCAUUGACUUCAAGGUGGAGGGCCACCGCUGCUACAAGGAGAAGAAAUUCCGGGAAGCGAUAGGGAAGUACCACCGGGCUCUGCUGCAGCUGAAAGGGGUGCAUUUAGUGGAUGAAAGCACGGACUCCGAGGUCAACCUCCUGAGCCAAGCCGCGGUCAAGCUGACGGAAGAGCAGCGGAGAACCGUGGAGAUCACGGAGAUCGAGUGCUACGACAGCUUGACAGCGUGCCUGUUGCAGUCCGAGCUGGUGAACUAUGAGCGUGUGAAGGAGUACUGCCUGAAGGUGCUGGGCUACCAGAGGGACCACUUCAAGGCCAUGUACCGCGCUGGCAUCGCCUGCUACCACCUGGGAGACUACGACUGUGCCCUGCGCUACCUGCGUGACGCCAAGCACCGCGAGCCCUCAGACACAAACGUGCUGCGGUACAUCCAGUUGACGGAAAUGAAGAUGAAUAGGGAGGGUCAGCGGGAGCGGGAGAGCGGCAAAGAGGCCCUUGGCUAACCUUUGACCUUUUGGCCUCUCUAUCACUAUGGCCUAUGCUAUGACCCAUCCUACGUCACCUCUCCUCUCUGACCUCCUCUCCUCCUUUAUGGAGCCCAGUCCCAUUUAUGACUGGCCCGAGCGAUGCGCCUCAACCAUGUAAAAGAACAGGGCAGAAAAAGCCCUGUCUCUCUCCCUCUCUUCCCCCUCCCCUCCAGGCGCUGUUGUUCUGUACCCCAGAUGCAGACUGUCAAACCAAGAAAAAACGAAGCAGAGGGAAAUACUAUACUAUACUCAUACAAAACAGUCAUGGUUGUCCGAAUGAAAAAAAAACUGCUUAAAAAAAUAUAUGAUCAAAGACAAUUGCGUAAUUUAGAGAAGGUGUAAAAAAAAUGUAAAAUAGAGUAGAAUUUCUUAUUUAUUCUUUCGAUGUGAGGACUGAGGAGAGGUCCAGGGUUGGGAAAGGGACCAGGGGAGGGCAGGGGAAGGAGUUUAGGAGAAAGGAAAUGGUGUAACACAUAUCAAGACCUUAGGCCAAUUCAACUGUACACCCUGACCCCUGCCCUGUCACAAUGGAGGGAGGUCUGAAAGCCACUGACCCAGACUUGUCCCGGAGAGAGAUUGUCCCCCCAGUACAGUACAGAUCAGGCUAGCUAGCAGACUACAUCUCUGUCUUUUUAAUACGGAAUAGUCUUCAGACAAGCCGACCUUUGCGCUCAUGUUCAAUCAAUCUUCUUUUUAGUUUUCAGCUUGUAGUACCUUGUCUCUAUUUCUGGACGCUUUUUAAAUUCAAGGGCUAAUUCAAGUGUUUGUAAUUUGUCCUUUGAUCAUUUUUUUUGUCUCCUGUUUGAUUUUCAUUUGCACUUACGACUAUCGGUUGUUAUGAAGCAAAAUGUGAGUCCUUCCUCUUUCUAAGGAACAGAACAAACUAACUCCCACCGGACUCACUGUUCCUCUGUUUAACAGGUGUGUUUUUGUGAACCGGUGUCUUGAAUCUGUUGUCCAAUCCCCCCUGGAAUGUGUUGUGUUGUCAGACUGUUACCCCCCUCUCUGCUUUCUAGCUAAUGAUGUCACAAUGGAAAAUAGCCAGUGGAACUGAGGUUCCAUCAAGCACCCUUGGCUGCACAGAGUUCUCAGAUUUUUUUACUCUGAGAUCUACUUCCAGGCCCUUGAUCACCCGUGCUGAACCUUUCCAGGCGUCAGUGACAUCACAAGACACUCUUGGCAGUGUUCGUGCAGGGAAUCCCAUCCCACAUGCUGUAUCCGUCUGAGGUGUAAUUCAGCCAUCUCAACCCAGUCAGAUAAAAACAUCAACCCGAGUGUGCCAUUUGAGAUUCCGAAUUUUGUUGUGCAUAUUUUAAUAGAUAUCAGUGUUUGCGACAAACAAAGAAAUCGGUUCAGAAAAUAAAUGAGUACAAAAAUCGCUGUCUCCGUAGGCAGAUUACACAACAGUAGUGGUAGACCAAGACAAGGGAGGAUUGUGAUUGGGGCAAGGCCAGAUAAUGGACAUAUUACACAUACAGACCAUCAUACCACUGCAUACUUUCUAAAUACCAAUCCCAGUGAUGCUGAAAAAGCCUGAAGGGUUUCUAGGAUUUAUAGAAAUACGUAGACGUACCUGCCCUGUUCUAAAGGAGAGGUUUGAGUUGACCUUAAUUCCGCCAUCUAUUACCGUGUAACCCAGUUUCCUUCACCCUAUGUGCAAGCCAAGCUCCUGCAUGGUAAUGUGUGGCUCAAAGGGGAAGCCAUUUUGGAUGUCAGGGAUAAUGUCUGGUUCAUUGCUUUCUAUAACAGGGCAGGUUGCUCCCCCUAUCCAAUGUAUCCCGCUAAUACCCUCUAUGCUCCCUGCAAACGUAGAAUGGGUUAAUGGAGUAGUCGGCGUCAUAGCCUGAAAAGGACCUUGGUAUCUUGUGUCUCGCAUCGGGUAAUUUUCUGAGACUUAUAUGGUCCCAUGCAGAAAGAAAUUAAGGUCAGCAGCAGUGGUCUGCCUUGGCCAAUGCGAGGAGACGAAUUCCAAAAGGACUUCAGAGGAGUGGAUAAUACAAGAUCAAAACGAUAACAGAUCUCAUCAUUUGCCUGUGGCCUAAUAUGAGGGACAUUGGGACCAAAGUGCAUCAAUAAGAGGAGGCUGUUGAGGGGAGGACGGCUGAUAAUGAUGUCCGGAACGGUGGAAACCAUGUGUUUUGACGUAUUUGAUACCUUUCCACUAUUCUGCUCCGGCCAUUACCACGAGCCCGUCCUCCCCAACUCAGGUGCCACCCAACCUCCCGUGGUGUCAAUGGGACUCUGGAGAGGCAGCAGCGCGAUGCCUGGAGCAAAUUUGUGUGAUCCAGAGACGCGCUCCACUGUAGAGGGAAAUGGGCCAGCAGCACCAGUAACACAGCAGGAGUGCAGUGUCACUCUGAAACUGUGGAGAUGGGAUUAUGGUAAAGCAGCGUUGUGAAGAGGUUCGGGGGAGGUUUACACCUUGGUACAGAGACACGGUGUGGAAAAACACGGCGUGGAAAAACCCAGAGGCACCAAGAACUCUCUUUCUUUCUCGCGCUCUGAUUCUCAUUCUCUCCACCUCUUCCCCUCUCUCCAGAUCUCUCUCCAUACCUCAAUCUCAAUUUAAAUUCAAAUUGCUUUAUUGGCAUGACGUUUCAAUGUCCAUAUUGCCAAGCCUACUUUGCAAAUGGAUAUAUAUUUAACAAUAUUAACAUCAUAAACAAAAUGUAAUAAUAAUAAUCGGGAUUGUCAAUGAAAUAUACACUGAGUAUACCAAACAUCGGGGCAUGGACUCUACAAGGUGUCGAAAGCGUUCCACAGGGAUGCUGGCCCAUGUUGACUCUGCAAGGUGUCGAAAGCGUUCCACAGGGAUGCUGGCCCAUGUUGACUCCAAUGCUUCCCUCAGUUCCAUGUCAAGUUGGCUGGAUGUCCUUUGGGUGGUGGACCAAUUCUUGACACACACAGGAAACUGUUGAACCUCAAAAAUCCAGCGGCGUUGCAGUUCUUGACACAAACCGGUGUUCCUGGACCUACUACCAAACCCCGUUCAAAGGCACUUACAUUUUCUGUCUUUCCCAUUCACCCUCCGAAUGGCACACAUACACAAUCCAUGUCUCAAUUGUCUCAAUGCUUAAAAAUCCUUCUUUAACCUGUCACCUCCCCUUCAUCUACACCGACUUGAAGUGGAUUUAACAAGUGACAUCAAUAGCUUUCGCCCGGAUUCACCUGGUUCCGUCUACGUCAUGGAAAGAGCAGGUGUUCUUAAUGUUUUGUAUACUCAGUGUAUAUCUCUCUGUCUCUUACUCUCUCAACCUCACCACUGUGCAGUAGUGUUGUAUUGGUCCCUAUGGCUGGCUGAGCUGGGCCUACUCCCACAUGGCCCCAUAGGGAAUCUCCCCAUGGUCCUAUCUCCAAGGCAUCCAUCCACCAUCCUGUUGUUAUCCCAGUGUGCUGAGUCAUUAUCGCUCUGUGUCUAUGGUUACUGUCUACACAUAAAAACAGGUCAGGGCUAAGUUCUUCCCACCCCUGCCCUAACAUGACCCAUUAUGAGAUAAACAAAGGAAUGACCCUGGACCAGUUAUUGUGGGAAUAAUGUUACAACGUGCUGUCUGUGCAAAUAUAGAUAGAGAGAGACAUCGUCUCUUUAGCCGUCUAGUUCUGAAAAGACACGGCAAAAGCACAAACUAAAGUGGGGAAGUAAAUACGGGCCGUUUUUCUUCUCUUUCCUUUGAUGUCAUUGAGGUACAUGUUUGUCAAAUGUCAGUCGUUUUUUGUGCUUACGAAACAAUUGUGAACAAAAUACGAAACUGAAAAGAAAAACGAAUGGCUGUUAAAAGCUUUACCUUAUUGAGUAAUUUUAUCAAUUGAUGAGAACGCAAGUGAAGGGGGAAGUGAGUUUGGUGUAGCUACACCACAGGCUCUCUGUCACGGUGUCUCUGUGUGUAGAUGUUAAGUAGGAUUUGUUGUCCCCUGUUUUUGGGAAAGUCCAUACCCAACUCUUAAGAGUUUGUGAACCCCACAAAGUGACAGUGGAUCUCGUUGAAGAAAGUGGGCGUUGGAGAACCGAACCAGUUACACAGUAGAAGUUAUGUAUGAGCUACAGCAACGAAGAACUCCGCUAAUCUGUUUUCCUUUCCUUUUUCCUCGUUUGCUUGUACCGGAGAGUAGGACUUGAUGAUGAGUACAUCGUGGUUAGAACUACAUUUUUUUCCCCAUUGGACCAUGUGAGGAAACGUCCGUUCAAUAUUCCAAAUCCAAAAACAUUGGAGGACGUGAUAACUGGUUACGUUGAACUGCUAGCCCGGGAAUGCCCUAUUGAUUGGUAAAUUAAGACUAUAAAUAAAGUUGAAAAUGAAAUUG